AUGAGAUGUUUCGGUAUUCUUAUGAUAUCAUUUCAAAGAUACGUAUCUAUGUGCAAAAACGGGAAGCGGCUUGAACACUUCAUCAAUGUUUCCCAUCGAUGGACAUUGCCAAUUGUGCACUGGGCCGUUCCAUUACUUUAUUCGGUUCCUCUAUUUGCUGUUACGGAUGUCACGUUUCUAUCGAUAGAAAAUCUCGAAGUGAUAGCCGAGAAGGGCGAUAUUACGCUAGCCACAUCAAUGACAGCCUGUUUUGUGCUCACCAUUUUUAUUUUGUGUAGUUUCUGCUAUAGUUCUGUAUUGAGAUUUUUAGUAAUCAACAGAUUCAGCAACAGUGCGUCGGUGAAAAGGGAAUCUCGAUUAUACGUGCAGAUGCUUGGGUUAUUUUUUGCCUUCAUAUUAUUGGUGAUUUACAAUAUUAUGCAGUUCAGCUUCUCACUUCGCUCUAACAAUGGACCUGUUUUCACCAUGAGGAUAAUAUUUCCUGUGGUCAGUUGCUUCUUAUCAUAUGUGAAUGUGUGGAUGAUGUUCAUUUUGAAUAGUGACAUAAGGAGAAAAACCUUCCGAUUAUUUGGGUACAAGAAAAGCAGUCAGUCUCAGGGCACCAUUAUCAUAUCUAUAACGAGGAAGCCGGUCACUGUUGCUGAUGCACAACAUUCCCAUAGUGGUAUUUCUUCAUCUUACCGACGUAACACAAAGUGA